AUGAUGAGCUGGCACGAUCCAUGCGGGACGCUGAUGGGGAGCUCGCCGCGGUUCGAUAUGUUCGGGUGCGACUUCGGGUGGGGGAAGCCGGUGGCGGCGCGGAGCGGCAAGGCGAACAAGGUCGACGGAGGCACGUCGUUGUACCCAUGUCGGGAUGGGGGAGGCGGCAUGGACGCGGAGCUCACGCUCACGUCGGAGCACAUGGCGGCGCUCGAGGAGGACGAGGAGUUCUGGAUCGCCGUCUCGCCGGACGCGCCGGUGCUGGAGAGGAAAGCUUGA